AUGAUUGGGGGCUGGUGGCGAUGCAUCCGCGUCGACUCGCGCGAUGUCAUCGCUCCAAGCCCACGUGGUCUCACGCCCUCCCAGCUAAGUCUCUUUGUGGACGUAUUUGGCGCCGCACUGGACAUCGACGACGACGACGCGUACGACGUGAUCGCGUUUAGCGUCCGGGCAGUUGCCGAUGAUAUGGCGGCGCUUCUGCCCGCCUCCUUCUGGCCUGCCAUGCAUCGGCAAGACGAGGGACUCCCGGCCGAAAUGCGCCGCCAACUGAAGCUUCGCCUCGCCUCGUGUGUCUCUACAAAGCUGCCUUUCUUGGACACAACCGCCGAGCGCGUGCUCAUCGAGGCGUUGGCGCUCGCGUGGACCGACGCCGCGGCGCCAGCGCGCAGCAUUGACGGUGUAUUGUCGUCCGGUGGUGCAACGACCCAUGCGCUCUCCGUGCUCAUUCGGGCGGCGCUGGGUCUCCUCGACGAACGCGAGCUGCUCCAGCGCGUUGAGUUUUCGCUCAUGGUGCGUGUCGUCAACUUCAGCAUUCCGAUCCCGUUCUCGGCCGGCCUCGCGCCAACGCUGGUGGAGGACUUGCUCGCUGUCACCGAGACGGCGAUUGACGAGACGCUCGAAACCUACUUGAGAGAGACGCCACCAGCGUCGGCGUUCAUCGGUCUCCUCGAAGAGAACCUCGUGAACCACAUCCUUGCCCACAGCGCCCAUCGCCCCGUCCCCGCGUCCAACGACUCGUUUCCCAUGCGCAUCGAGCGCGCGCUUCUCUCGGCGGUCGUGGCCACCUACUUUCAGCAUGGCGCCGACCCGCGCAAGGUCGAGUCGAUCCUCGCGCUGUAUGUCGCCCACAGCGCCGCGCGCUACCGGCGACGCGCGAGCAGUACAAGUCAACUCGUCGCGUAA